CCCCAGUCCUGCAAGCAGGUUGAGUGGCUGGAAGCUUUGCCUGCAUAACUUCUUGGACAAAUGGCAAGAAGGGUCAGCCUCAGGGUGGUCCUUGAACAGAAUUAAUCUUUUGAAUGAAUGGUGAGAAUUUCCUUAACCAGCUUCAGGUUCACAGUCCUGGUAAGAAACAGCACCUUACAUCACGGGAGGAUUUCUGAGACUAUUUCUCCAAGUGUGCCUGUCAUCCUAACCUGGCUGGGAGGGACCUGGAAGGGGUAGUCUAGAGUGGACAUUCACAGGGCAACCCUUUCUCUAGGCAAACAUCAAGAGGACUUCAUGGCCGAAAGCGAGGACUUCAGACACUGGGAAACAGAGAGGCGAGAUGUCAAAAGAGCAGAGGUCCGGCUCAAUCAUGGGCUGCGGAGUCUGGAAGAAGCCCGGCUGUCCUACUUGAAUUCGAUAACUAAGGAAAAGAGGCGGCUGCAGCAGGAACUCCAGCGAUUGCAGAAAAGCCACUCCAAGCAGAAAUUAUUCCUGGGCACAGGAAGUAUUGGCAUAAACAUGGCUCUCCCUCUAUUAUCUCAUCAGACAAGGUGGGACAAUAUCUCCAGAGAUGUAGCACGACGAACCAUGAGGAAAACUUUACCCAAGCCGACAAACCCAUCUUCCUCACAUUCACAUAGUAGCAAUGUCCCAGGCUGUGAAGAUGAAAAAGGGCAUUUGCCACCACUGAAGACCAAAGACCAAAUUGCUGUUGUUGACAGUGAAGUGAAUGCUCUUAAAAACACCAUCGCCAAGCAGCUGAGCAUCUCAGCAGAAUCUAUGGAAGGAGAAGAGCCCGAUAGCGGACAGGAACAAGGGAAAGGUCUCACAACUAAAGAGGUUACAGAUGCUGGAGUCAAGGGCCCCACAAUCAAGCUUGUGAAUCCCCCAUGGAAGCGAAGACCUUCUCUCGCUCAUGAGAGAUUGAUUCUAGAUCCAGAUGCCUAUGGCGCAGAUGGGCGCCUCAGGACCAUGUAUUCCAGACCUGAUUUCCUCAAGUCCUAUGCUGAUGCUCGGAAAUUCCGUUACAUCCGGCACAAGAACAUUCCGGCAUGGGAAAAAGAACUCAGCCUAGAGGAGAUAUUUGGACACAAAAUCCGUACUAACCAGUCCCCUCAAACACAGGCCGUGAUGAAUCCAAAGCCCUAAACGGUGGGGCAUUUGUCCUACUCAAGGAAUAGCAAGUCUUAUGAGGAAAAAAAUGGCACUCCUAUAAAUCACAAAAUGUAGACUUGUCAGCCUAAAACAGGCUGCACAGCUUGUGCCUCAAAAAAUCUAUCAGCUAUAUUUCAGGCUAGCUAGGCAGGUGGUUUAUCAAGCCCCUAGUGGGCAGCAUUUAAUUUGGAUCACAAAUUGUGCUUAAAAACUAGGCGCAGAUGCAACACUUCCCAGAAACUGGAGGCAGCUGGAUACCUCACUUGCUUUUUAAAGUUUUCCCCAAGUAGUGUGUUACCCUAGCAUCAUCUGACACUUGAAAUCUUUUUAAAUGAUCAAAUAAGACUUCCCUCCCUCCUUCCACUGUCUCCUCAGGUGGUUUAUCUCCAUUUUGAGGCUGGACUGGAGAUGAUCAGGAUAGGGAAAAUUUCUCAUUAAUGGCACAUCAAGCUUAUUACAGCCAGAGGAAUUUUACUUUUUCCAAAGUUGGACUUAGUAUAGCACGACAUUUGAAUUAUGUCCAUUUGGUAUCAACAGCCACAC